AGAUUCAGAGAAGGAACUGGGAUAAAGGGCUUACGUAAGAGGAAGCAAUGAAUCCUUGCUGAAGCAUCAGACAGCAGGAGCCGUUGGCCAGAUGCUGCUGGAUGCUGACAGGGGAAAGCUGAUUUGGAGACAAGCGGCCAGAAAUGUUUGGACAUGUCGUCACUUUGGAUCUGACAUCUGAGUGAGUGUCCCUGCUUCAUGAGGCUUCGAAUUUGAGCCUAGGCUGGUAACCUGCUUUUGGAGCCACGCAGGUGGGAGGAUGUCGAGCACAGCUUCAUCAAAGAAGCCUUACCGCAAGGCACCCCCACAGCAUCGUGAGAUCCGCCACGAGGUACCCAUCAUUCGUGACGACCAGGAUGGAGUGAUCUUGGCCGAGCAGAGUCAGGAACCCUUGACGGAUGCAGAAAGGAUGAAGCUACUGCAGCAUGAGAAUGAGGAGCUGCGCCGACGGCUGACAUAUGUGACUAACAAAAUGGAGGCAAUGGAGAGGGAGCUGGAGUCAGGUCAGGACUACCUGGAGAUGGAGCUGGGCCAGAACCGUGAGGAGCUGGAGAAAUUCAAGGACAAAUUCCGUAGGUUGCAGAACAGCUACACUGCUUCCCAGAGAACCAACCAAGACCUGGAGGAGAAGCUGCAUGCCCUGAUUAAAAAGGCAGAGAUGGACCGCAAGACGCUGGACUGGGAGAUUGUAGAGCUCACAAAUAAAUUGCUUGAUGCCAAAACCACCAUCAAUAAGCUGGAGGAACUCAAUGAACGCUAUCGACAGGACUGUAACCUUGCAGUACAGCUGCUCAAGUGUAACAAGUCCCACUUCAGGAACCACAAGUUUGCUGAUCUUCCCUAUGAGCUGCAGGACAUGGUCAAUAAGCAUUUGCACAACACUCAGGAGUCCGCAGGCCCUGGUCAAGAGGCAACCCACACCUUGGCUCCAUCUGAUGUUGUGCCCACCUCAGUCAUUGCCAGAGUCUUGGAGAAACCAGAAUCUCUGGUUCUGAAUUCAGCCAAGUCUAGCAGUGGCAGCUGUCCCAUGGCUGAGGAUGUCUUUGUGCAUGUGGACAUGAGUGGAGCCCCUCCUGAUGCCUGCAACAGCGCAGUGCAGAUGGGGAAGGAGGGAGGAGAUGCGGGGAAACAGCAGAAUGGUGGCUGCAAGCCGCAGAGCAGUGUGGAAAGCGUGCCAGAGGAGGUGCCUGCCUUUGAGAAGCUAAGCCCGUACCCUACGCCCUCACCUCCCCAUCCUAUGUACCCUGGGCGCAAAGUGAUUGAGUUCUCUGAGGACAAGGUAAGGAUCCCAAAGAACAGCCCCCUGCCCAACUGUACAUAUGCUACGCGCCAGGCCAUCUCCCUCAGCCUCGUACAGAGUGAAGAUGAGAGCUGCGACAGGCACCGGACGCUCCCCAACAGCCCUGCUUCAGAAGGGCGCCAUUCAGCCUCUAGCUGUUCCUGUCAGCAGUCCCCCAAAGCGGCCAGGGCUCACGGCUCUUCCCAGAGCAGCCCAUUCAGCAGCCCUCCCCAAAUCCCGAGCGCCUUUGCCAGCUCUGCCAGCUCCGAGGAGGACCUCCUGGCCAACUGGCAGCGUAUGUUUGUGGACAAGGCACCCCCCACCUCAGAGCGGGUGCUGCUGGACCGGCACGCCUUCACCCCCAGCCGUGACACGGCCCCUGAGCUCCAGAAGAGGUUCAGCUGCUCCAUGCAGGAGCUGGGUAGGGCAGCCUCGGCUUACUCGGACGGUGAGGAGUCUGCACAGAGCUGCAGCUGGACCGUGAGCCGGGACUCAAGCGUGGACACAGACAGCACCGAGUCCAGAGCCCGCAGGAGCCAUUUCUCCUCAGACUAUGGUACAGAUUUCUCCCAGGAUGAAGCCCAGAAGCUAUUGCAGGAAAGCAGUGGAGGCACUGCUGAGCCUGGAAGCCCCUCACCGGAGAAGCACAAGGACUAUGUGGACCUUGGCUUGCCUGAGAGCCUAGCUGAGGAGAGAGAAAUGUUGCUCCAGGGAAGCAAGGAGAGCAACCAAGGAGGUGCCCAAGAGGAAAGUGGAGAAGGCAGGGUCAAGCCUCCCUUCAGUCGGCCACACCGCAGCCCCAAGAGGAUGGGGGUCCACCACUUACAUCGCAAGGACAGUCUGACGCAAGCCCAGGAGCAGGGCAACCUUCUCAGCUGA